CGACUAUUUUCGCAUGAUAUAUGGGGGAGGUGUUAUCCUAUUUUAUUUUGGAUUCAAGGGUUCUCUCUGUUAGAAAUAGCCACAACACGGGGAGCUGCCGUUGCCGCGGGCGGGGAGCCGCCCAAUCGAUCGAUCUCUUGUCUCCUCUCUCGCGCGCGGUCGCAAGAAUCUCUCGACCAAUGCAGGAUCUUUCCGUGCUCUUCCCCAUCGCUUAGAAUCCACCGCCGAGAGAUUAGGCUUCGAUCGCGCCGAGCAGUCGAUAGGGCUUUGGCGCCGCGAUCGCCGAGCUCCCAGGGAAGAAUUGCUGUUCUUUAUCGCGCUAUUUGCUAUGUGGCGGGAUCGAGCAUGCGGAGUGUGAGAUGGGAAUCGGGGCCAGGAAUCUAGCGGGAUGAUGAUUCUUGGGGUGAGGCUGCCAUGGGUGUGCCGGAGCAGGGGUUACGCGUAUCUCGUGUUGAUGGCCAAGCAGCCGAAAUCCUCCUCCUCGUCUAGGAUGUCUCCCUUGCCAGCGGCGGCGAUCUCCACAUUGGUGAUGAUUUGCGCCUCGGCGCUGCUGGGUCUGGCGUUUCUUUCGAUGCUCGUGCAUGAUCUUGACCGCCACACGGGACCCUUCAUCCAAUUGAAGCGAGGAACCGUCCACCCCAUGCUCGCACGAUCGCAGGAUUUGCAAGAUGUGCCGAGCGAGGGCGAUAUUUCGUCCGACAGCAUUUGGGAGUCGCCGUCUGCGAGAUUUUUCUACGGGUGCAGCGAGCCGAGGGAAGAAUUUUCAUUUUCAGGUGUUGGAUUUCCGUCCAAAGCUAAUGGGUAUCUGAUGAUUGAAGCGAGUGGAGGCUUAAACCAACAACGGACUGGGAUAACAGAUGCCGUGGUUGCCGCCAGGCUCUUGAAUGCUACAUUAGUGGUCCCAGGAUUGGAUCACAAAUCAUACUGGAAGGACAACAGCAACUUCAGUGACAUAUUCGACGUCGACUGGUUCAUCAAGUCGCUCACGUCCGAUGUUUCCGUUGUCAAAGAAUUGCCGGCAGCAGCGAGAUCAAAGUAUUUGAAGCGAAAUCAUCUCACGUCGAUGCGUGUCCCGCGAAAAUGUACACCGCAAUAUUAUCAGAGCAAAAUCCUCCCGAUUUUGCAGAAGAAGAAGGUGCUGCGGCUGACCAAAUUUGAUUAUAGACUCGCCAACAAACUUGAGCCAGAGCUGCAAAGAUUGAGAUGUCGGGUGAACUACAGGGCCUUACAGUUCACUCCUGAGAUAUUGAAUAUGGGAAACAGCCUUGUAAGUCGGAUGAGACAGAUGAGCAAACGCUACAUUGCCUUGCAUUUGAGAUACGAAUCUGAUAUGCUAGCUUUUUCCGGUUGCUACUACGGGGGAGGUGACAAAGAGAUCAAAGAACUCGGAGCGAUUCGUAAGCGAUGGAAGACUUUGCACGUCCGAAGCCCGGAAAGGGAGCGGAGAAACGGAAAGUGCCCGCUAACACCCAAAGAAGUCGGCCUGAUGCUCAGGGCCUUGGGCUUUGGCAACGAUUCCUACCUCUACGUCGCGUCAGGAGAAGUUUAUGGUGGAGAGGAGUCACUGGCACCGCUCAAGGCAUUGUUUCCGAACUACUUCACCAAGGAAACGCUGACCACCAAGGAGGAGCUCCAGCCUUUCUUGCACUACUCGUCGAGAAUGGCGGCGCUGGACUACAUCGUCUCGGACGAGAGCAACGUGUUCGUCACCAACAACAAUGGCAACAUGGCUCGUAUACUAGCUGGCCGGAGGCGCUACUACGGGCACAAGAGGACGAUCAGGCCAAACACGAAAAAACUGGGGUCUCUUUUCCUCGCUCGGCACGAAAUGCCUUGGGAUGCUUUUGCGGCUAAAGUGAAAACGUUCCAGAAAGGCUUCAUGGGAGAGCCGAACGAGAUGAAGCAGGGAAGAGGAGAGUUUCAUGAGAAUCCGGCGGCGUGCAUAUGUGAGAAGGGGGUGGGAGCUCACAGUCCGGUCGAUCCAAGCGGCAGCUACAACGACACGAGCUAUAACUAUUUCGACGAGGACCAGCUGGGGUCGUAUGAAACGGAGGUGUUGCACGCAGAAGGAGAAGCGGCGGCGGAAGAGCUGCCACUUUUCUCGGAUUAGCGGCGGACGGAUAAAUUUUUGUCCCCCUCGACGACAAGUUUCCGGGGGAUUGUCGCCAAAGUUGUAUAUAGCAACAGCUCGCAAGGUACGCUAGUUUUUACCAGUCUGAAAAGUCGAGAGGCUGCACAGGGAAAAGUUCUCGGGGCUGGAAGAAGAUCUCGAUCGAGGCAAAAAAGAAAGUCUAUGCUCGAGGAGCUCUCGCUAGCCAAAGCGAGAAAAAGUGAAGGGAUAAGAUCAGAGACUGGCCCCCCUACAGGGAAAAGCUUUCGAAGACAAAGAGAAAAGUGGAAGAAGAAAUACAGGGAAAAGCUUUCGAAGACAAAAGGGAAAGUGGAAGAAGAAAGAAAGAAAGCAGUUUGUCAUACACACUUGGUUUAAAUCGAAGGAGUCUCUCUAUUCUUUUGUUUUGUAUAUGGCC